AUGGAAGUCGGAGAACAUAGUUGGCUGCGUGUCACACACGCUCUCGGCAAACGCAACUACUACGGUGCCGCGAAGGCUAUCCUCUCGGACAAUCCAGUGGGUCUGACCUGCGGUAUGGUCUGUCCAACCAGUGACCUCUGUGAGGGCGGGUGUAACCUCACAGCCACGGAAGAGGGCGCCAUCAAGAUUGGUGGACUGCAACAGUUUGCAGUGGAGUCCUUCGCUCGAAUGAACAUUCCACAGGUUAGUAUAUAUGCUCUUCUAGGUCUUAAUAAUCAGGCAUAA